UAGAAAGUCGGAAGAUAAUAGAUCCAUAUACGCACGGUUUUGUUGGGAAAAGUUGGCAGUGUGGCGACUGUGAGGGGAGCGAAGGGUCUAUAAUUUUGUAGUGUAACAGCUUUCGUGUAGGAGAAACCAUGUCUGUCCAUUUAUAUAACAUGAGCACUAAAUUGCUCUCAGAUACUGUAGAAAAGAUGACCAGUAACGCGACCUCCGUAUUGUUAGCGGUUUCUGUAAUUACACUGACCCUCGGAUACAUCUCCAAAACGCUGCUCAAAAAGACUACUGAAACAGAUAAGGUAAGAAAUGCACAUCAUUUAUCUAAUAUUCUAUGCAAAAAGACGUCUCAAUUAACGAUUACGGUGUAUUUGUUGCAGAAAUAUCCACCUUACAUCCCCUCUGCACUUCCGUUUUUGGGACAUGCCAUCUCAUUUGGGAAAAGUCCAAUAGAAUUCCUUGAAAAUGCAUAUGAAAAGUAUGGGCCUGUCUUCAGCUUUACCAUGGUGGGGAAAACCUUCACAUACCUGCUGGGAAGUGAGGCAGCUACACUCAUGUUCAACAGUAAGAACGAGGACCUGAACGCCGAAGAUGUCUACUCCAAACUCACAACCCCAGUGUUUGGAAAAGGGGUCGCCUAUGAUGUCCCAAAUGCUUUGUUUUUGGAGCAGAAGAAGUUGCUGAAGACUGGGCUGAACAUUGCUCAUUUUAAACAACAUGUGAAGAUAAUAGAAGAAGAGACGAUCGAGUAUUUCAAGAGAUGGGGGGAUAGCGGAGAAGGAAAUCUGUUCGAGGCUUUGUCGGAGCUGAUCAUCCUCACGGCCAGCAGUUGUCUCCAUGGGAAAGAGAUCCGCAGCAUGUUGGAUGAGAAAGUGGCCCAGCUCUACGCCGACCUGGACGGAGGGUUCAGUCACGCCGCCUGGCUCCUCCCCACCUGGCUCCCCCUCCCCAGCUUCAGGAAACGAGACAGAGCUCACAGAGAAAUCAAAAACAUUUUCUUCAAAGUGAUUCAGAAGCGGAGGCAGUCUGAAGAGAAAGUGGACGACAUACUGCAGACUCUCGUGGACGCCACCUACAAAGAUGGACGCCCUCUGACAGAUAAUGAGAUCGCAGGGAUGUUGAUUGGGCUGCUGUUGGCGGGUCAGCACACGUCCUCCACCACCUCCGCCUGGAUGGGCUUCUUUUUGGCGCGGGACAAAUCUCUUCAGGACAGAUGUUUCGCUGAGCAGAAGGCCGUGUGCGGAGAAGACCUGCCCCCGCUCAACUUCGACCAGCUGAAAGACCUGAGUUUGUUGGAGCGCUGUUUGAAAGAGACUCUCCGCCUUCGCCCUCCGAUUAUGACGAUGAUGAGGAUGGCUCGCUCCCUCCAGACGGCUGCCGGUUACACCAUCCCUGUGGGACACCAAGUCUGUGUGUCUCCGACUGUGAACCAUCGUUUGCAUGAUACUUGGAAAGAAAGACUUGAAUUUAACCCUGAUCGCUACCUCAAUGACAACCCUGCAGCGGGGGAGAAGUUUGCCUACAUCCCAUUUGGUGCUGGUCGUCAUAGAUGCAUCGGUGAAAACUUUGCCUACGUUCAAAUCAAAACAAUCUGGUCCACGAUGCUGCGUCUGUACGAGUUUGAUCUUGUUGACGGUUACUUUCCAACGAUCAACUACACGACAAUGAUCCACACGCCUCACAACCCCAUCAUCAGAUACAAGAGGAGGAAACUCUGAGAGACUAUUUCAAUCAAAGGAGAAAAAACCUGUGUGGAAAAUAUGCACUUUCUUCUGACGAAUGACUGCCCCUGGCCUUACAUGUGGUGCUUUUCUACUACAACAUCCAUCCUAUUUAAACAUUUAUUUAAAGUGCCCAUAUUACGCUAUUUUCUGACUUGUUAUAAUGCUGUUUCCUCAUCGUAAACAUGAAGUUUUCUUUUGUUUCAUUCACACGUUUACCACACAAAACCUGCAUAUUUGAGCUGAGUUCUUGUGCUCCACUGUGUUUUUAAACUCCAUACAACUUCAUUAGAAUCAUUUGGCCAUACCAACUUGUAGUGGCCAUAUUGGCUCUUGCUUGAUCUCGUUACAUCUCAAAGCAAGGCCGGGCCUGUUUAGUACUUGGAUGGGAGACCGCUGGGAAUUCCAGAUGCCACAGUGGGGCACCAGUGGUAAAAACUGUUGUUGUGUCCUUAGCCAAGACACUUCACCUACAUUGCCUAGUAUGAAAGUGGUGUGUGCACAAGUGUUGUUGGUGGUCAUAGGGGCUGAUGGCGUAAACUGGCAGCCUCAUCCCCCCAGGGCAGCUGUGUAGUAGCUUGCCACUGCUGAGUGUGGAGUGAAUGAAUAAUGAACUGUACAGUGCUGUGGAUGUCUUGAAAGGCGGUAUAUAAAUGCAGUGAUUAAUUAAUUUACUUCUUAAUUUGGAUUAAUUCCUGGAAUUCCCAAUCUCUAUUGAACUAAAGGUAAAAGGUAGAUGUUAACUUGAAAACUACCACUACAUGAAAAGGCAAGGCAAGGCAAAAGGAACAUUUUGAGCUUUAGAGAUGGUAGACAAAUAAACCAGGUUUACUCAAACGUGUGAAUGAAACAAAACACAAUUCUGGAUGUGUUUUUGAUGAGGAAACAACAUAACAUGGCUCAAAGCUCACAAGAAUUAAUUUGUGUAAUAUAGGACCUUUAAAAGAAAUUUCAAGUUGGGAAAAGGUCACAUGUAUCAGUUACUUGAUUAAAACACUUCAGUUUCUACAGGUUAAAUGUGUUGCUUUGAAUUGUGUAGAACAAAAUAAAUAAUCACUUUAUGGGUAUCAGCUUUCAGUUAUAGGCAAUGUUUGAGAUCUUUUUCCAAUUCAAAGAUAUAGUUUGUUUUAAAUUGUUAAUCGCUAUGGCAAAACCACAACUAUUUUGUCCUGUCACUGUUUUAUAAGCAGAUAGUAAUUUGUUACUCUACUUCAUACUUUGCUCUGACAGAUGUAUAUUUGUAAACAUAGGCCCUAGUAAAUUCACAUGUUAUUUUUGUAUUAUCAUGAAGCUCUUUCUGUCUUGUUUCCAGAUGCAAAUAAACAAACAUUUGAAAACCAA